UAUAAACUGUACGUGCUGCCCGUGACAUCGGCCAUUCCGUCUUUACGUGGGAGCUAUGAACUUAGACAUUCAGAUCUGUGCUUAAACACAGAGCUCUUGUCAUGACUGACUUAUAAAAGGAGGCAUGCGUAUGCUGCGCACUUGGACUUUGUGAAGCUUGCUCAAGCGUAUUCUGCUGUUUUGGUAGUGGAGAUUCGCUACAAUGGGUGUUUUUGCACCAGAAGACCAGCCGGAAGCCGUGAACGGGACUUCAGAGUACACCUUACAGUACACGACAGGAGAGGUGACCGCUAUAUCAAUAACCAUUGUGGUAAUUAUAUUGUUGACGGUAAUUGGAAAUGUACUUGUCUGUAUGGCUGUGUUCAUGGAGCGGUCUGUCCAGCGAGUCCAGAACUGGUUCAUCGCUUCGCUGGCCAUCAGCGAUCUGGCCGUUGGGCUGGUCAUCAUGCCGCCUGCGCUUGUCUACGAGCUGAUGGGGUACUGGUACUUCGGACGGGUGAUGUGCGAGGUGUUCCUGGCCCUGGAUGUCUUCGCCUGCACCGCCUCUAUCCUGAACCUCUGCAUGAUCAGCGUGGACCGGUACUGGUCCGUCACACAGGCCGUGCAGUACUUCAAGAACACCAACUCCAAACGUGCCGGCUGUAUGAUCGCCGCCGCCUGGGUCCUGUCCGCAGUCAUCUCUCUCCCGCCGAUCUUCGGACUGUUCGGCUGGCAGGCGCAGGUCCCACAGAGCGCCGACCUGUUUCCACAGUGUGAGUACAGCGACAGUCCAGGGUAUGUGUUGUACUCAACCAUUGGAUCGUUCUACAUCCCUCUGACGAUCGUAUUCGGCAUGAACAUUAAUGUCUUCAGCGUGGCCCUGACACGGGUGCGGCGGCAUCCGUCCACGCAGACAUCCUACCCUACAAACAGCGAGAAGUCCUCCAAGGCACCCAUGUCACCAGCGGGAGUCGCCAAGUUCAAACUCGUGGGACGAUUGUUCAAAACUAUGUCACGGGCGGACGAUAUUGCGACCGAGGACAAGCCGAAAACGGUCAUAGUUAACGGGGAAGGCAAGGAGAUGGUGACCAACACUACCCCACUGUCCCCCAUGGUGUCUCCACAGACACCUGUUGAAAAGCAAACUCCGGAUGACCAGGUCAUAGCCGAAGCUAGUAACGACAACCAUGAUCGGAAUGAGCACCCCAGCCUCGGGUUGCGCCCCACCCCCAGCACCGUGCCCCGGGACGCCAACGGGAACUCCAUGCGGCUGCAGCGGGCAUACAAGCGCAGAAAACGUGACGAGGGCAGAAGACGACACGAAAAACUCCGACAGAGAAUCCGCCUGUCCAAAGAAAGGCGCCUGACGAUGGUGAUCGGCAUUGUCAUGGGUGCGUUUGUACUGUGUUGGCUCCCUUUCUUUGUAUCGUACCUGGUUUUAACCGUGUGUGUCUCCUGUAGACUGUCCCCACUGGUGUUUCGCUUCUUUGUGUGGUUGGGGUACUGUAACAGUGCGCUCAACCCUCUCAUCUAUACCCUGUUCAACAAAGAUUUCAGAGACGCUUUCCGAAAGAUUAUCAAAAGAAUGUGUUGUAAAUGUCAGAGCCAUUGAGUUAAAAACAAACAUGUGAUUUGAGACAAUCAAAACAGACAUGCCCAUAGGUAUGAACAACAACAACACCUGUUGACUCCAAACGCUUUGGUUCAAGUAAUGAAAAGAUUUCCAACUAUGCCAGUUUCCGGGCAUAAAAUCAAUACUGGGAUCUACAUUGACUCUUAGGCUAGAUUAUUCAUAUCUACAAUAUAAUUGGCCUCAGCUCGAAAAGCAAGGGGAAUAUACCAUAAAGUUACGGUCCGUAAAAUUGCUUUCAUCGAUUGCUUGUUAUGUAACUUCUUAUGCGGGUCUCCAAUGAGAACACCAUGAGAGUUGCCUCUGAUAAGAGUUAUGUAACUAGCUUCUUGUGCGGGUCUCCAUGAGAAUCUUCCAAUGUUUACUUUUAUUCACCCUUCAGAGAUGUUACUCUUUAUUCUUCUGUGACAUAAAAAGUCAAUAUUUAUGCUGUUGUAUAAGUCCAUAGACCGGCAGUACAUGCAUGUCAGUUUCAGUACAUGUUGUUGAUAAUGCAAUGCUUAAGUGAGGUAUGUAGGCUGUAACCACACACAAUUCUGUACAAUUCCAUGUAUCGUGCAUAUCUACAUCUCUGUAAUGAUAGUAUUGACUGGGUAGUGUUAUCUAGAUAUUCUGUCAGGAAAAAUAGAUGUGUCUCCGAACUUUCUCACUUGGUGAGGGAUGUUACGAUAAUGUUAUGUUAUAAACAUGAAACACUUUCUUCUGAAUGUUUGCAAAACGUUCUGUAA